AUGGAAGAAAAGUAUGGAAUUCCUGGUUCGAGUUCUUCAACCAAUCCUUUAACUAGUUCUACUUUUACCAUUAAAAAGAACACAAUUGAAGAUCAUAAGGCCAUUAUUGAGGAGUUAAUGAAAGACUUAGGAGAUCCAUCAAACUUAAUUAGUUUUAAAUAUUUAGUUGAAGAUCUUGAAAUAGAGCCUUCUGCUCCAUUAUUAAAAUUAUUAGUUGAUGCACUUUUAUUACUUAGUGAUUUUUCCUUAUUUGACGUUAAAUGCUAUACAAGAAAUACUAUUCCGCAUUUAGAAUUGCAUCUUCGAACUUGGGUUGCCACCUUAGAAGUUGUGUUUUAUUCUCCUACUGUAUUAACUCGUGAAACUCGUGACAAACUGUAUAGCAAUUUAGAUAAUUUUGUUGAUAUUCACUAUCGAGCAACUGAAAUGUUUAGCCAAGAUGAAUUUUUACGACGUUUUAGAGAAGCCAUUUUAGGUCUUAUUAAUGGUGCCUCUACAAUACCAUCUAUUGCUUCUGGAAAUGUUCCUGCUGUACUUGAAAAUUCAUUUACAAAUAACUCUUUACCAAAAAUUAUUAAUGCUCUCAAUGUUAAAUAUCCUAUUGCUUACUGGUACCCAGUGUGGCGUGAACUUUUAUUAUUGCAUUAUUCAUUAAAAACCAUGACCAGAGAUUUAAAUUAUAAUAUUUUACGAUUCUAUAAUGAGACUUAUCUUCUUGAAGCACUUUGGCAGCAUGCUUUUAAUCAGGGGUAUGAGCAGCAAAAACAUGAUGAUAUUCUAACUAUCUUGAAUAAUCAUAAAGCAUUUCGUGGCUUGUGGACUAGAAAAGAGCCAACUGCUUUACCAAACUCUUUAUGGUUUGGUGUAUUAGACCUUGCCCAAAAUUUAAGCUAUCAAACUGUUCAACCUGUUAAUCUAGCUCUUUGUUAUUAUUUAGGCUUGGAAUCAUUGCAAAAGUCCCAAUGCUAUUAUAUACAAUUCAAAUCUUUAGAACUACUUAUAUAUCUUUCUUAUAAAGAACCUGAUUGGUUUAAAGAUGUAGUGCAAGAAGAAUUAGAAAAUUUUAUUAAAUUACUACCAGUAGAUUCACAGCUAAAAUUUGAAAAGUUAAUUCAUGAUAUUAAUCAAAAGCUUCAAUUAAAUAAUGAAUUUAUGGAACAGUUUGGUACAAAUUAUGAAAAGAAAUCAAUAAUCAAGAAAAAUGUACCAGAUAAAACAUCUAAUCCCUUACUAGAAAUAAUUGCAGAACACUUUACCUGUAAGAUUACUAGACAAAUAACUGGGGAUUUUCUUGUUUUAUCAUGCUGUGGACAAUCGGUUAGUCGUGAUGCUGUUAAUAAGUGGAGAAACGUUUCGAUAUUUGAGAAUAAAUUAUUUGAAUGUCCAUUUUGCAGAACUGAGAUUAAGAUGGAAUCAAUCUAUAAUCUUGCACAAAUUACAAUGGUAAAAGACCUCUACAAAAGAUUAGAGCAAGAAGGAUAUUUAAAUACUUUAAGAGAAGAACAGCAAAUGCCAACGAACAAUAUUUAUAUAGCAGAAGAUGAUUUACUUUUAAAAAUGAAUAAAUUGCACAUAUUUGGAAUCCAUAUGUCAUCUAAAUCACCUAUUUCAGUUUUAAAAAAAGUUCGCCCAAAAGUCUUACAUCCAGCAUUAAAUAAAGCAUCUAAGGCAGAACAACAAAAAGACUAUGAAACAGCUAUAGUGUGGUUAACACAGCUUUUACAAUCUUAUCCAAACAGCUAUUCGAUUUUAUGUAGAAGAGCAUUUGCAUCUUGGAAACUUAAAUUAUAUUCUCAAGCUUUAAAAGAUUUGACAAUGGCAAUUCAAUUAAAAUCUUCAAAAUCUUUGGCUUAUGAUUACAGAACUUAUUUUCAUCAUACAAAUGAAGGUUUUAAGCGAAAAGGAAAAAUUAUUAAAUUGAAUUGUAAUGUUCAAUUUAUUAAAUUAGUUCCAAUAGAUAUUAUUAAAACACCUUUUGUUGUUUUAAUAUGUAAAGGCAUUCAUACACAUUCUCCUUCUCCUCCAGUUAAUAUACCUUCUGGAAUUAAAAUAAAUUUAGAGC